AAAGCCUUGUCACGAAAGCUGCUCGGCACUUGAACAAGGUGCUGCAUAUGCGUAUCUUUAAUUAACACGCGCGUUAUAUUUACACCGUGGUAUUUUCUAUCUCUUAAUUUGAGGAUCAUUUACAAGGAAAAUGGGAGACAAAGGAUUUUCAGCGCAUUUUUCAAUCGUCUGUUUUUUUUCCAUCUUUGUAACAAUGCAUCUCGUGCUUGGAGAUCUGAGCUAUUCUUUUCUGGAGGAGAUGGAACGAGGAUCUGUUAUUGGAAAUGUCGCCAAGGAUCUUGGAGUUGAUCUUAGGACAUUAUCUUCUCGAAGGGCUCGUGUGGAUAUUGAAGGGACUCGUAAGCGCUACUGUGACAUUAAUAUAAACACCGGUGAUUUAUUCAUAUCGGAGAGAAUAGACAGGGAAGGCCUUUGUGGUAAGAAAGCAUCGUGUGUCGUGAAAAUAGACCUGGUGUUUGAAAAUCCUUUGGAGCUUCAUCGAGUCAGUCUUCAUGUGCAAGAUGUAAACGAUAACUCGCCAAAAUUCAGAGAAAAUCUAAUGAAAAUGGAAAUACGUGAGUCAUCUGAAAAAGGUAGUCGCUUCUCUAUCGGAGUUGCGCACGACGCAGAUAUAGGUCAAAAUGAUAUCCAAAGAUAUAUCCUGCAAACUAACGAACAUUUUAUUCUUGCCGUUGAGAAUAAAGUGGUUGCUUUGGUACUUGAAAAUAAACUUGAUCGGGAAAAACAAAAGGAAAUUAAUUUACUUCUAACAGCUUUAGAUGGCGGAUCUCCGCAGAAAUCGGGUAGCGUAGUCAUCCAUGUUACAGUGCUGGAUGCUAACGAUAACACCCCAGUGUUUACGCAGGCUGUGUAUAAAACAAGUGUGCCUGAAAACUCACCACCAGAAACAUUAGUGAUUACUGUCAGUGCUACUGAUGCAGAUGAAGGAGUGAAUGGAGAAGUAACAUAUCUAUUUGGGCAUAUAUCAGGGGAAGAUGCCAGUUUAUUUUCUAUUGAUGCAAAAACAGGAAAAAUUACGAUAGCUGGUGAGAUUGACUUUGAAGACACUACUUCUUUUGAAAUGAGCGUUGGAGCCAAAGAUGGAUUAGGUUUAAUUGCAUAUACCAAAGUGUUAAUUAAUAUUGAGGAUAAAAAUGACAAUGUGCCGCAGAUUUUCUUGAAAUCACUCUCCAACCCUAUACCUGAAAACGUAGCCACUGAUACAGAAGUGGGUAUAAUUAAUGUGCAGGACAGAGACUCUGAGAAAAACGGACAGGUCCGCUGCUCAAUCCAGGAAAAUAUCCCGUUUAAAUUGGUUUCGUCAAUUAAAAACUACUAUUCUUUGAUAACAACAGGACAACUGGACCGUGAACAAGUGUCGUAUUACAACAUUACAAUCACAGCCACUGAUGAGGGCUCACCUCCUCUGUCCUCCUCUAAAACGCUUCAGUUAUCUGUAGCUGAUAUUAACGAUAACCCACCUGUGUUUGAGGAACAGUCCUAUAGCGCAUAUGUGAGUGAAAAUAACAAACCUGGCUCCACUUUAUGCUCCGUUUCUGCUCGAGACAAAGACUGGAGACAAAACGGUACAGUGAUUUAUUCUCUGUUACCUGGUGAGGUAAACGGUGCUUCUCUGUCAUCGUAUCUCUCUAUUAAUGGCGACACGGGAGCGAUCAAUGCUUUAAGGUCGUUUGAUUAUGAACAGUUCAGAAGUUUUAAAGUGCACGUCAUGGCCAGAGACAAUGGUUCUCCUCCACUCAGCAGCAACGUGACUGUCAGUGUGUUCAUAUCGGAUGUGAAUGACAACUCUCCUCAGAUUCUCUACCCCACCCUGGAGGGCAGCUCCUUCAUGACUGAGCUGGUCCCUAAAGCUGCACAUGGAGGCUCUCUGGUCUCCAAAGUUAUAGCAGUGGACGCAGACUCUGGACAGAACGCCUGGCUGUCCUAUCAUAUAGUCAAAGCUACUGAUCCUGGACUUUUCAGCAUUGAUCUGCACAGUGGAGAGAUCAGGACACAGCGGGACAUUUUAGAAUCUGACAGCAUGAAACAGAACCUGAUUGUUGCAGUGAAAGAUAACGGACAGCCCUCUCUGUCUGCCACCUGUUCCAUGUAUUUACUUAUUUCUGAUAACUUGGCUGAGGUGCCAGAACUAAAGGACAUAUCCUAUGAUGAGAAGAACUCCAAAUUGACUUCAUAUCUGAUCAUUGCGCUGGUUUCUGUGUCCACCUUCUUUCUAACCUUCAUCAUCAUCAUACUUGGUGUGAGGUUUUGUCGCAGAAGAAAGCCCAGACUGUUGUUUGAUGGAGCAGUUGCCAUCCCCGGAGCUUAUCUUCCUCCAAAUUAUGCAGAUAUCGAUGGCACAGGGACUUUACGCAGCGCUUACAAUUAUGACACAUACCUGACAACAGGAUCCAGAACCAGUGACUUUAAAUUUGUAUCUUCUUACAAUGACAACACUCUGCCUGCUGACCAGACCCUGAAGAAAUGUUCAACAGAUUUUUCUGCUAUAUUUGGAGAUGCUGAUUCCUCUCCAGAGGUAGGAACAAUUCAGUAUUUUAAACGCCUUUUAACACAAAAAUGUUAG